AUGGCAAUCCUGCAGCUCUUCAGACUCAUCAACUCGUCUCUGCUCCUCAGCCAGCGGCCUCUGAACGCCUCGGCCGAGCAGACGGUGUACAGCAGCUGUGCAGACAUGCCCGCUGUGCUCAUCUUCUACCUGGUGCUGCAGCUCAUCAACAUGUUCCUGGGCAUCCCGGCCAACAUCAUGGUCCUGUGGCUCAUUCGUAAGAACAAGGGCGACUCGUCCACCUCAGACAUCUUCAUCGUCAACCUGGCCGUGCUGGAUGCGUUCUUCUGCCUCAUUCCUCCGCUGGAGCUGGCCAACAUCGUCUACCUGAGCACCAGCAGCACCUGGUACGUCCUGCGCUUCUUCUACGGCGUCAAAGACUCGUCGCCUCUCUUUCUGUCCUGCAUCUGUCUGGACAGAUAUAUGGCCGUGCGGCAUCCCAUCACCUUCACUGAGCUCAAGGACAAGCGACAUCGCUCCGUCUGCGCCGCCGGCGUCUGGCUCCUCACUUUGGUCUACGCCACAGCCAAGUGUGUGGGAAACAUCCCCAACUUCGACAAGGUGUUCACCGUCAUGAUCCUGGCGGCAUUCGCGUUCAUGCUCUUCUGUAACGUCUCCAUUCUCUGGGCUCUGAGACAGUCAGCUCCAGGUCGAGACGAGAGACACCCGGUCAAGAAGAAGGCCUUCAAGAUGGUCCUCAUCAUCUUGGCCAUCAUUGUGUUUAACUACUUCCCGCCGGUGGCUCUCUUUCCCUUUCGAGAGUAUUUCUCUCCAGAUGUUUUCCGCUGUUGUAUCCACUACAUCGCCUUUGGCUUCAUGGACAUCAGUAGCAGCAUCCAGCCGGUUCUAUAUCUGUCACGGGAGAAGCUACCCAAAACCCUGCACUGCUGCUUGAAAAACACUGAACAAAGCGCUGAUCCCGUUUACACCGUCAGUCGGUGA